UUCUUCUGCAUUUUUCAUUUUGACAUAAUCUUCUUCAUUCAACAAUGUCGAGAGUCUAUUCACUUGAAUUCAACAGUGAUGAGAUCCCUCCUAAUGAUAGCAUCCACUGUCAUAGGUGCAGUAUGCAAGUUGCAUCCUUCGACGAUUAUAUUGAGAGGUCUCAAUCAGGAGUAGCAGGGAUCUUUAAUUGGGUGUUUAAUGUUGAUCUAGCAGAAAACGUGAGUUAUCCUCAUGGAAUUACCGUAACCAACACUUACUGUCGCCGAUGUCGAAACAUGAUCGGGUGGAAAAUUAUUUCAGCCCCGGGCCGAGAGGAAACGUCUAUUAGAGCAGGAAGAUUUUGUAUGAGAUUGGACAAGCUUAAAUUUUCGAAUGCUAUACCAUUGGUUCGUUCAAUCGAGGAACAAAAUUUCCAAGAGAAUGAGGAAAAUACAGAUCAAGAUGGAGACACAACUGAUGGAAAUGGAGACUCUACUGAUCAAGAUGGAAACUCUACUGAUCAAAAUUUAGGCACUAGUGAUCAAGAUGGAGACGCUGCUGAUCAAGAUGGAAACGCUACUGAUCACGAUUUAGGCCCUAAUGGGCAAAAUGCUGAUCAAGAUGGAGAUGCUAAUGAACAACAAGUGGGCACAAAUUUCGAUCAAGAUGGAGACUCAGAAAAAGAAUGUGACGUGGCUAUUCAUAAUUACUUGACGCUUUUCAUCAGUCAAGGUGGAAGCGAUAAUGAACAGAAUCAUGAUGAAGAUAGAAGCUCUACUGAGGAAACUGCUGAUCAAGAUGGAGACAGUAAUGAGCAGAAUCAUGAUCAAGAUGGAAGCUCUACUGAGCAAACUGCUGAUCAAGAUGGAGGCAGUAAUGAGCAGGACCAUGAUCAAGAAGGAGGCGUUAAUGAGCAAAAUGCUGAUCAAGAUGGAGGCGGUGAUCAACAGGUUCCUAAUGAACAAGAUUUAGGCGCUAAUGAGCAAAAUGCUGAUCAAGAUGGAGGCGGUAAUCAGCAGGUUCCUAAUGAACAAGAAGUGGGCGCUAAUGAGCAAAAUGCUGAACAAGAUGGACCUGGUAAUGAACAGAAUCAUGAUCAAAAUGGAGGCCGGCCAACGAAACAAAUGAAGAUAUAGAUCUCCUGGCUGAUGCAAUAGAUAAUAUUGAUAGCCUAGUCAUGCUGAUAUUCUGCUUAUACAAAAUGCUAUAAUUCAUGAUUGUGUGAUUUUCUGUUUUCCUUUUCUGUUUUGAGAUUGCAGUACAUAAGGUUGGAAUAAACCGAUUUGACACUACCUUUCUCUAUAA